AACACAACUGACGCCACAAUCAAAGGCAACACUCAGACGGUGUAUGUCAUAGCCGUGGCCUUUGAACUCUUGCCACAAAACCUCAUCCCAUUGGCGGCCAACCAUUUAGUGGACAAUAUUAAGGCCCACGACUGGCACCUGACCACCGGAUUUAUUGGUGUGGGCUAUUUGUGUCCAACACUGAGCCGUUUGGGUCACUCGGAUGUGGCCUACCGUUUGCUACUACAGGAUACAUACCCCUCGUGGGGAUAUAGUAUUAAAUACAACGCGACCACUAUAUGGGAGCGUUGGGACGGAUGGACUCAAGAAAAGGGAUUUCAAGACCCGGUUAUGAAUUCAUUCAAUCACUACUCCUUGGGAUCAGUCGGUCGAUGGCUCUUCCAAUCGGUGGCCGGUAUUGAUACUCACGAGGAAGGCGUGGGAUUCAAGAGUAUAGUAAUCGCUCCGAAACCCGGCGGUAAUCUCCAUAAAAUGACGGCUCGGUAUCAGUCUAUCAAUGGCUUAAUUGGGAUGAGUUGGGAGACUAACGGCGCGAACAUUACUUUAACAAUCGACAUUCCGGUUAAUACUAAAGCAUUCAUUGAUUUAUCAUUCCUGAAGCAACCCCUUCACACAAAUGUGGGCUCCGGUAGUUAUAUCAAAGAUAACCAAUACUUGGAUCAGAUUCACAAAACCAUGGUGUGUGUGAGUGGAGGACCCGUCACUAAAGCACCAGAGGGUCAGUUUGGUCAGGGUCAUUCACUAAAUUGGGACACUUCACACACUAUUCCACCGAUCAUAGAGAGUAGCAUUUGGUGGAUCAUCGCUAUGGUUAUACUGCAACUGUUGGGCGCUAUCCUCGUGUUAGCCCUAUGUUGUGGAUGUAUUGCAUUCAUUGUG